AUGAAACGUGGGGUCACUUCUUUUGGGGGAAACGAAAUUUCGAAAACAAACUCGCACCAUCACAUACCUGUGGAGGAGAUCGCUACCGAAAAAAGUGAUCUCCUGUUGGUUCCCUCUAAAGAAUUCAUCAUGCGAGAUGAUGUUUAUAAUUUGGAACAUGAAGAACAUACAUGGUUGAAGAUGAUGAUGUUUUUGACUGAAUUGGAUGUUAAUCUGAAACAAAUGAUUAAAGAUGCCGAUUUGUUGUUUAUUGAAGAAGCUAAUAUCGAAGUUUGCUAUAAACUGAAAAUCAAUCAGAAAGUUGAAGUUGUGAAAGUCAAAUGUCACAAAGUCAAAAUUGGAGUUCGAAUAUUUCACGGUUGCUUGAUAUUAGGAGUGGAAAUCGAUUAUAUUCUUUGA